CGACACAGCGAGAAAAAAUCGAGUUUAUUGGUAGGAGGGCUCGGCGGGUAUCUUACAAAAUCCGAGCUCGUGCAUCUUUAGGUUGGUCGAUGUAUAAAGCGUGGAGGUGGUGGAUGUUGCAGUCAUUCGGACGCAAACAGUGCGCCGGUGAAGUGGCGUACACAGUUUAGUACAUAGCACGCUAUAUUGAUCAAACAGUGAUAAACAUAGUGAAAUAAUCAUGCGGUGGUUUACGACAACGAGUCUUUUACUAGCAUUAGCUAUAGCCAGCACGACAGCGGAAUGGUCAUGGAGCGGUGAUGCUGAUGCUAAAGAUAAAGAUGCAAAGCCUGAACAAAAACCGACUGAGUUACUAGAAGGCGAAGAAGCUCCCGAUGCUGACAAGAAAAGCUCUGACUCCGCUGGUACGGUGCUGGACGAUAUCGUGGACGAGCUGGUCAGCAACAGGCAGCAACAAGGCAGGAGUCUGGGCGGAUUCGACGAUGUUUACAGCGAUCCCACUAUUAAGGAAGCGUUGGACUCUGGAGAUGAUGCUGAAGCAAGAAAUCUGAUCAAAGGCCGUCUCUGCACUCUGGGGCUUAUUCAAUGUGAUGAAGAAGAAACCGAAGAAAAACGCUUUCUGUCACCGGAUGAAUUGAUUUAUGCUCAACCAGUUGACAUCAAGCCUUAUGGAAAACCGAUUGCUUCCAUCCCGAUCCGUGGACCUCCCCGAGCUUACGGACCAGCCAAACCCAUGCCACCUUACUUGUCGCGCCCUCAAAAAAUCCCACCUAAGCGAGUCGGAUAUGGAGGACCGCCCAAUGUGCGCCCUGGAUUCUCUGAAAAGUACGGACAGGCAUCCGGUAGUAAUUUCCAGUUCUCACAAAGCAAUGGGUUGUAUGGUGGUAGCGAAGGUAACUAUGUAACGAGGCCCCCAAACUAUGCCAACGAGAGCCCAUACAACUUCGAAAACACCAAACCACAUUACAACAAAGUCCCUCCUACGCAAACCAACACAAAAACUGACGUUAUACAACAACAUGUCCACCAUCACUACGUACACAGUGACGGCGACAAAGAACCUAAAGUGAUCAUCAAGCCUGUUGCCAUACCAGUUGGGUCCGUAGGACACCUAGGCGCUCAAUCUCUCUCCCAGCAACAGACCGACGUAAUAACCGCGGGUGGUGGAGAUUACAGCGGAUUUAGCUCUGGUGGCUUCAAACCUAUGACCGAUGGUUUCUCACCUGUAAACAAACCAAUGUAUGAAACCGACACAAUCUAUGGCUCUCAAUACGGCAACAGCAAUGGUAACAAAGGAAACAGCUUUUUAUCUCAGUCUUUGCCAAACCAAUACUCCAACACUGAUUUUGAUGCCCAGAAAUACGGCAACUCCUUAGGUGCAUUUUCUUCUCACAACAACGAAUUUUAUAAGAAGGAACUACACGUAGGAUCUGGUAACAAUUUAUACCAACAAGGUCCAGCUACUUUUGGACAGGGUAACUCUUAUCAGGACAACUAUCAUGAAGCCAAAGCUCAAGGAUUUGAAUGUGUCUGUGUCAACUACGACCAAUGUCCCAGCCAAGAGAUCAUUGGCCGCAGAGAUGAUUUAUACCUGCCUAUCGAUCCUCGUAACAAAGGUAGUGAGAUAGCUGCUCUUACUGACGAACAAAUAGACAACAUCACCAAGGCUGACGCUUCAGAAACUAAAACUGAAACAACUACGACUGAAGCCAGCGUCAAGAAAGUAAGCAAGCGUGAAACAAAGAACGAGAAUGAAGACAAAAUCGAAAAGGAAGCUGAACCGCGUCAAGGAUAUUUCGGAAACCGACCUCAAGUACAACAAUGCAGACCUAAUCAAGUUUGCUGCCGGAAACCAUUCCGUCCUCAAGCUGCCAACCGCGGUCAAUGUGGCAUCAGGCAUUCCCAGGGCAUUAAUGGAAGAAUCAAAACUCCGUCAUACGUAGAUGGAGACAGUGAAUUUGGAGAAUACCCCUGGCAAGUGGCUAUCCUAAAGAAGGAUCCCAAAGAGUCUGUGUACGUUUGCGGCGGAACUUUGAUUGACGGAUCCCACAUCAUGACUGCUGCUCACUGCGUUAAAUCAUACAAAGGCUUCGAGCUUCGAGUGCGCCUUGGUGAAUGGGAUGUUAACCAUGACGUUGAAUUCUUCCCUUACGUUGAGAGAGAUAUACUCUCCGUCCAUGUGCACCCAACGUACUACGCCGGUACCUUAGACAAUGAUCUCGCUAUCCUCAAGCUGGAGCAGCCCGUCGAUUGGACUAAAUACCCGCACAUCAGCCCUGCUUGCCUGCCUGACAAGUACACUGACUACGCUGGCCAAAGAUGCUGGACCACUGGUUGGGGCAAGGACGCUUUCGGAGACAACGGAAAAUACCAGAACAUACUAAAAGAAGUCGAUGUUCCGAUUCUAUCGCACGGUGUUUGCCAGAACCAGCUAAGGCAAACGAGAUUGGGAUACAACUAUGAAUUGAACCAUGGGUUCUUGUGCGCCGGUGGUGAAGAGGGCAAGGAUGCGUGCAAAGGUGACGGUGGCGGCCCGCUGGUGUGCGAGCACGGUGGCACUUGGCAACUGGUCGGAGUUGUGUCGUGGGGUAUCGGUUGCGGUCAGCCCGGCGUACCUGGCGUCUACGUGAAAGUCGCUCACUAUCUAGACUGGAUCUCACAGAUCACGGGAAAGUUUUCCCCCUACUAAACUUGUCAUACAAUUCUACCCGAGGACUGGAAUUUUUUAGUGCUAUUUAUUACUAGGUCCUAGAUUAACUUAAUAUUUAUGGUUAUAUUUAAAUUGUAAUUAACUUUGGAGGUAAUAUCCAGAGAGUCUGAGUAAUUGCUUGUGCAGAUAAUUUUGUGUAUCAUAAAUCGUAAACAUAAAUAAAUUUUGUAUGAAAAGUA